AAAUUUAAAGAUUGACACCAGAAGAAAGGAAAUCAUUGCAGUCAUUUGCUUCUCCUCUGAAUAUAAAAAGGCGAAAGACGCGAAGAAGAAGAUAUUGAAGUGGACGACAUGGAUGAAAAGAAAGCGAAGGAUCCAGUUGCUUGCCUCUCCUCUGAAUCAGAAGAAGAAGAAGAAGAAGAUGAUUAUGAGCUGGACGACGAAGAGAUGAGUAGUCAAUCCUGCAGCGACGAGGAGAGCGACUGGAACGAGGAGGAAGCAGAUCUUGAGUCCUCCGAAGAUGAUGAUGGAUCUGAUGACGAUGACAAAGGCGGUUUAAAGUCGACCAAGGUGAUCGACAGUGAAGACAGCUGCAACAGAGUCAUCUGCCUUCUCAAAGGAGGGAGUGAUCUACAAGAACUUAAACUAGUGGAGUGCAAGGCAUAUUUGCGGAAGCAUGGAUUGAGAUUAACAGGGAACAAAGCAGUUUGUAUACAAAGAAUAAAGGAGCAUUGGAGGAUAGAAGAUGGAAAGGGUGAAGAACUAUAUCCAAUAUCAUCCUUUAUCAUUAACUGUACAGGUGAUGUCUGUACACAUGAUGUUGUUUUGUUUACACAAAGGGUUUAUGAGAGAUAUGACAAAGUGACAAGGAAUGGGAAUCAUCAGGGAAAAAGAACUAUUGCUGGAAGGGUUGUGAAGGAAAGUUAUGGUGCAGCAAAACAGCAACAUACCUUCACGGUUGAAGUACUCUGGAGUAAGGGUUUCAAGAGAUUGCCUCCACUGUUUCCUUUGCUUGUGAAGGGCCGUAACCUCUACAGAUAUAAGACUCUUAGACAGUGCUGGGAUAAUGAAAAGGAGAGAUCCAUGGUUCUUGCUGAAAAGCACAAAAGAGGCGCAGAAGCAAGGCACCUUAAAGCAAUGAAGAUAGCAAGACCAGCAAAUCAAGGUGGUAAGCACAGGAAACAAUCCUAUCAUGCAGGACCUUCAUACAGAAGGAGAAACCAAGAAUUUGUGCCUUCAACCAAAAUGGAAAGACAGAAGCACAUUGAUUCCCAAGGGAAGGCUUCACUACUUGAACAGGGAAAACCAAAGAGUGUCGGUAGGGAAAAAAUUUCUAAAUCAUCUUUGGGAAACCCAAAAGAUAAAGUUCAUACUUUUCAAGCCCAUUCGCAAAAUGGUCAACUCAAGAAUUUUCAGUUUAUGGGUCAUGAAAAUAGAGCGCCAAGCCAUGUUUACAACAAGAAGGCAGGCUCUGCUUCAGAUGCAGUGAGAUUUGCACCUUUCAGGGAUUGUACAAAUCAAGCCCAUUCACAAAAUGGUCAACUCAAGAAUUUUCAGUUUAUGGGUCAUGAAAAUAGAGGGCCAAGCCAUGUUUAUAACAAGAAGGCAGGUUCUGCUUCAGAUGCAAUGAGAUUGGCACCUUUCAGGGAUUGUACAAAUCAAGCCCAUUCGCAAAAUGGUCAACUCAAUGAUUUUCAGUUUAUGGGUCAGGAAGAAAGAGGGCCAAGCCAUGUUUACAACAAGGCAUGUUCUGCUUCAGAUGCCAUGAGAUUGGCACCUUUCAGGGAUUGUACAAAUCAAAUGCUGGUGCCGCCUACUGUCAGCCAUCAAAGGUACAAUCAGAGCAACUAUGGUUCCCAUGGAUACCAGUUUGGUGCAAGGAAUUUAAACUGUUUUGUGGACCAGGGUGGUAGUUUACAUCAAGUGUACAAUCAGAGAAACUAUGGUUGUGUACCUUACCCAGAUCCUGCAUACCAGUUUGGUGCCAUGAAUAUAAACAACAGUUUUGUGGACGAAGGUGGUAGUUUACAUCCAACAUCUAUGAAAGAAGCUGAAAUUAAUGGAGGACGAAGGAAUGGUGGUGUCAGCAUGUGGAGACCUAAGAGCUAAUGGUUUUGGUAGUGUCUUGAUGUGAGAUCCUGCAAUGCCUAGGACACCAACAUCUACCAGUAUAAUUCCAAUUUAGUAUACCUUUCUUUUUGUCAAAAUUAAUUUCUGUUUGGAUAGCUUAUCCAAAUGAUCCACCAUGUUGAGGCAUGUAGUCAUGUAGACAAUUUAGUGUUUUUUUUAAUGAAUAUUAAGGAUUGAUAUUUUUUUUUCUCUCUCA